CUUCCUGGGCUUCCUCUCCGUGCAAAUCGCAUUGAUUGGCUUCAUUCGCAUCGUAUUUUCGACAAACUACACUGCAAGAACAUCGGGCGGCCCCCCACUCCAAUCGAAGCGACAACAGAGGAAACAGCUCCCCCCGACUGCUUCUCUCCCUCCCGUCUUCGGCUCUCGGAGCGUCAGCACCAUGAGCUUUCAGUUCGGGCCGCUGAAUUACCUUGUGGGAGUGGUGGGACUGGCGCUCUCGUGCACCUGGUGCUUUGCAAUGCUGGGCGGCUUCACCUGCCUCCAGCUGCCCUACGGAUGUAAGCAGCGCACACGGAGACGGACAGACACAGUCUCCCCUUUUGCACAGGCCCCACCGUCAUUUUCAUGGGCACGAGCGACGUGUAUGUCGCGGCCGGGUACGCGGCCUUCGUGGUCUUUGGGCUGCCGUGGAUGAUCCAGAUCGGGAUCGGCUUCCUCUGGCCCAUGGGAGUGCUCUGGCCCUCCAAAAUCACUCGGGAGCAGGACGGCGAACUGCGGAAGAUCACCAUCUGCUUCCGCGUCGUCACCCGAGGUGACAGCAGGGAACUCGUGAGGUGAGUGGACAGGGGAGGGUUCCAGCAGGAGGACCGUUGUAAGAUGACAUCGUGUCUCCGCAUCUGUCAGGCAAAUCUGCCAGACCAACAAGCGGCUUCUGAUGAGCCUAUCGCAAGAAGACAAGCUACGGACCAGAUGGCGAAUCGAGGUCACACAAAGACAGACAGACAGACAGUCAGUCAGAGACACACACCCGAGACCCCCUCUCCUCACGCCUCUCCCGUCCUCCCCUUUCUGCAGGUGGUAACGGAUAAGCCGAUAGGCAUCCGUGAGGUGCUGCAGGACUACACCAACAUCCGUGAGAUCGUGGUGCCGACUGAGUUCAAGAGCGCCCACAACACCAAGUACAAGGCCCGUGCUCUCCACUACGCCAACGAGGCGUCUGACUUGGGCCCCAACGACUGGAUCGUCCACCUAGACGAGGAGACGCUGCUCGCGGAGUCGAGCGUCAUAGGCAUCAUCAGACAUGUCAACGAACACACCUUCCUGGAUGCCCACAAGAAACGCAUCGGACAGGUCCGUCACUGGGCUGCAGGGACGGUCGGCCGAGCAGCAUCUAGGCUGGUCUGUGCGUGUGUGUGUGUGUGUGUAUAUAUAUGUGUGCAGGGUGUGAUAGUGUACGGUCACGAUGACAUCAUCAACCUUCCUGUGACGAUGGCCGACUCGAUCCGCGUGUCGGACGACUACUGCCGCUUCAGGAUGUUCUUCACCCUCGGAUACCCUCUUCAGGGCAUGAAAGGCACGCGACAACCACCCACUGGACACCACACCACACCACACCACCUGUACACCCCCAUAUGUCUUGUUGUGUCUCUCAUUCAGGUUCGUUUGUGGUGGUGCCGGUUGACGUCGAGAAGGACGUGUCGUUUGACCUCGGUCCCGAGGGCUCCAUCACCGAGGACGCCGUCUUCGCUCUCAAGGCCAUGCAGAAGGGAUACAAAUUCGCAUUCAUCUCGGUACGGACCCUGACACAAUACACACACACACACGUCUGGAGAUGUCUGUGUGGGUGCUGCAGGGCGUGAUGCGCGAGAAGAGUCCGUUCACGUUUCUGGAUUUCCUGAAGCAGCGCCGCCGCUGGAUCCAGGGGCUCUGGCUCACUGUCCUCCGCAAGGACCUCUCCGCCAGGAACCGCAUCCGUACGCACACUCACACACACACACACACACAUCGAUGCCACCGCACGCCUCCCAUCGAUGUGGCUGGGCUGUCUGUGCUUCAGUCCUGUUCAUCAUGAUGGUGAACUGGUCUUUGAUGCCGAUCAUCCAGCUGGGCGGCUACCUGCUGGUCCUCUUCACCCGACAGCACACCAUGAUCUACAUCACCAUCAGAACCAUCACACUCGUACGACUGACUGACUGGACUGCCGGCCUUCUCUCCGUCCAGCACACACACUCUCCUCUCACACGUGUCUCUGUCUCUCUGUCUCUCUGUCGAUUGAUUGGCAGGGCAUUGCUCUUUGGGUGUAUGCAUUUGGAGCCAUACACAACUUCGACCCCAAGCGUCACGGCUGGAUCUUCUACAUCGGUGCUGUCCUUGCUACCUCUUUCUUCGCCUGGUACUUUGCCUUCCUCGAAUGCCUCGGUCGGUGAGAAAGGCAAAGGCUGCCAACUCACGGAGACACCACACACACACAAACACAGAGAGGCAGAAACCACAGCCACAUAAAUACUCUCUGCCUUUUUGUGUGUGCAGCCUCUGUGUGGGCCACGCCGAGCUUCCUCUGGGAGCGCACUUUCGGCUUCCACGUCGUCAAGAAAGGUGAGUGCACUGCGAAGAGGCAAUCGGUCUCGUUGGCGAGACACACACAUAUAUGUGUUUCUUGGUGUCGGUGGCUGCGCUCAGAGUACAAAGGCAUGGGCGCCAGCCACGUGUCGGGCACCUUCGGCACGCCUGCCUCCACCCGCACCGACGACCAAGUGCCAGUGCCCCUCGAAGUCCUCACCGAAUCGUCCGCCAGAGACAACAACUACAACAACCACAACGAACCCACCAUCCACACGGCCAACAAACCACUCAACGGUAAGCAAGCAUGGCCAGCCAUGAAAGCCUGCGUGUUAGACACACGCACGCCCUCGAUGCGUCCAUGUCUUUGUACAGGAGGGAGUGGUCCGAUUCACCACAAGAGGACGACCAGCACGGCAGACCUCCCCAGUGGCGGCCUCUCCAUGGGCCGCGGAAACAACGGCACCGAACUCUCAGGCUUCCGCCCCAAAAUCGCAUCGGUGAGACAUUGAGGCAGGGAAGAAGGGAGGGACGACAGACAGACAGACAGACUUAAGGGGGAUCCUCGUGACGUGUGUGUGUGUGUUCGUGUGUUCUGGUCUUCCUGCAGUACAUCCAGCUGAACCAGAAUGAGCAUGAGGUGCCGGAGCAGAUUGACAUCGAGAUGGGCCGCGUGCCCAAACAGCAGAAGAUGCCCACCGGCGCCAACAACAUCGACAGCAACAACAACUACCACUGCAGUGUCAACGACGUGGAGAUGGGCCUGCUGGCCGAAGACAACACCAUGACAACGCAAGUGAUGACCAGGAAGAAGGGCAGGCGCUGGCUGCGGCUGCCCUGGGGCAACAAACGAUAGACAGCUUCACCAUCCAUCCGCUUCAGGCAGGCUCACAUUCAUCCAAUCAAUAGAUACAUACAUACAGGUCCGACGUCUGAGACAUCAAUGAUGGAUGCAUGCAUUGACCAUGCUUUGUGUGCGUGCGUGCGUGCAUGGGCCGAGAGGGGGCAAGACGGAGGCAAUGUCAACUCAUGGACAG